CUUGGCACAAAAUAUUAUUCAAGAAGAUAUUUUACCUCGUUUGUUGCACAAUAUAGAAAAACAAAAUGUACGAGCUUGGUGAAUAAAUAUUAUAAAAAGGCAGCAUUAUUUAUAUUACGUGCUAUUGCAAAACAUUCACCAGAAACAGCAUCAAUUAUAGUACAAAUGAAUGGACUAGAUGCAAUGAUUAUAUGUUUAGAAGAUUUUGAUUCUGGUGUCAAAGAAGCAGCUGCUUGGGGAUUUGGAUAUAUAGCUAGACAUAAUAAAAAUUUAGCACAAGCUACUGUAGAUGCAGGUGCAGUACCACUCCUUGUUUUAUGUUUGCAAGAGCCAGAAUUGUGUCUUAAACAAAUUAGUAUAUCAGCCCUUUGUGAUAUAAGUAAACACAGUAAGGACUUAGCUCAUACUAUUGUGGAUGCUGGUGCCAUUCCAUAUUUAUCAAAAGCAUUAUCUAAUCCUGAUGUCAAGUUGAAGCGACAAGUUCUAUCAACAUUAGGGAGCAUAGCAAAACACAGUGCAAAUCUAGCAGAAACUGUUAUAGAGGCAGAAGUAUUCCCUAAUGUUUUAUUACACAUGGGUCAUCCUGAUGAAAAUGUAGCUAGAACUGCAGCAAUUCUUACCAAAGAAGUUUGCAAGCAUACUUCAGAACUGGCACAAUUGAUUGUCAAUGUUGGAGGUAUAGGUGCUUUAAAUGAAUUAAUAAAUACAUCAAAGUUGACAAAUAAACUACCAGCAAUAAUGGCACUUGGAUAUAUUGCUGGGCAUUCUGAUCAGUUCGCUACAGCUAUUAUUGGAUCGAUGAGUGUUAUUCAAUUGGCUAUAAUCUUAGAAAAUGAAACUGAUGACCAUAUACUUGCUGUAACUGCUUGGACAUUAGGUCAAAUAGGAAAACAUACACCAGAGCAUGCAAAAUCAGUAGCUGAUGCAGAUGUCCUUUCAAAAUUAUUAGAAUUCUAUAUCAAUCCAAAGAGUUCAGAUGAUCUAAAAAUAAAAAGUUAUACGUCAUUAAAGCAGAUACUUCAAAAAUGUUUGCAUAUUGAAGCAUUAGAAACACUCAUCUAUGAUGCUCCUCCAAAUAUUUUGAGAUAUGUACUUCGACAAUUUAGCAAGAUAUUGCCAUACGACGCGAGAGCAAGACGAUUAUUUGCAACAUCAGGAGCAUUGAAAAAAGUGCAAGAAAUACAAGCUGAACCAGGCUCAAUACUUAUGGAAUACAUAAUGCUUAUCAAUUGUUGCUUCCCUGAAGAAAUUAUAAGAUAUUAUUCACCAGGAUAUCCAGAAACAUUAUUAGAAGCAGUGGAACAGUAUCAACCAAAAUGUCCUUCCUUAUUAUCCUUGGAUCAAAAAAUGUCAGAUAAUGCUGAGUCUGCCUUUUUUAUCUCAACGUAUGGAGAAUAAGGUUAAAAACAAGAUAAUAUUACCCAUAUGUGAAACAUUCGUAUUUGAAAAAUAUUUUAGUUAUUCUUAUUUAUAAAAAUAUACCUAAAUUGGGGCAAUAACCUAAUAUAGAGAUAUAAUAAAUAUCAAUAUUUAUACAAUUAAUAAAACAUAUAAUAAAGAGACCUUUUGCAAUUUUUUAA